AUGGCGUUAAUGAUGCGGGAGGUGAAUGUGGCCACUGAAGCGGCCAGUUUGCCACCAGUGGUGCAGGCUGCCCGCGGGUCUGCGGCGACGCAGAAGAGAUGGGGACCACUGCGCAGCGAGCGGCCGCUGGUGGAUUAUAGUAUCUACAUACAGAGACGUGGGGGAGAGACGUGGGGGAGAGACGUGGGGGAGAGACGUGGGGGAGAGACGUCGGGUGAGACGUCGGGUGAGACGUCGGGUGAGACGUCGGGUGAGACGUCGGGUGAGACGUCGGGUGAGACGUCGGGUGAGACGUCGGGUGAGACGUCGGGUGAGACGUCGGGUGAGACGUCGGGUGAGACGUCGGGUGAGACGUCGGGUGAGACGUCGGGUGAGACGUCGGGUGAGACGUCGGGUGAGACGUCGGGUGAGACGUCGGGUGAGACGUCGGGUGAGACGUCGGGUGAGACGUCGGGUGAGACGUCGGGUGAGACGUCGGGUGAGACGUCGGGUGAGACGUCGGGUGAGACGUCGGGUGAGACGUCGGGUGAGACGUCGGGUGAGACGUCGGGUGAGACGUCGGGUGAGACGUCGGGUGAGACGUCGGGUGAGACGUCGGGUGAGACGUCGGGUGAGACGUCGGGUGAGACGUCGGGUGAGACGUCGGGUGAGACGUCGGGUGAGACGUCGGGUGAGACGUCGGGUGAGACGUCGGGUGAGACGUCGGGUGAGACGUCGGGUGAGACGUCGGGUGAGACGUCGGGUGAGACGUCGGGUGAGACGUCGGGUGAGACGUCGGGUGAGACGUCGGGUGAGACGUCGGGUGAGACGUCGGGUGAGACGUCGGGUGAGACGUCGGGUGAGACGUCGGGUGAGACGUCGGGUGAGACGUCGGGUGAGACGUCGGGUGAGACGUCGGGUGAGACGUCGGGUGAGACGUCGGGUGAGACGUCGGGUGAGACGUCGGGUGAGACGUCGGGUGAGACGUCGGGUGAGACGUCGGGUGAGACGUCGGGUGAGACGUCGGGUGAGACGUCGGGUGAGACGUCGGGUGAGACGUCGGGUGAGACGUCGGGUGAGACGUCGGGUGAGACGUCGGGUGAGACGUCGGGUGAGACGUCGGGUGAGACGUCGGGUGAGACGUCGGGUGAGACGUCGGGUGAGACGUCGGGUGAGACGUCGGGUGAGACGUCGGGUGAGACGUCGGGUGAGACGUCGGGUGAGACGUCGGGUGAGACGUCGGGUGAGACGGGGGGUGAGACGGGGGGUGAGACGGGGGGUGAGACGGGGGACUUGGCUCCACCUCCUUGGCAGGCCCCGCCUGCAGGUGCGUACACGCCGUAA